CUGUAAGGCUGAGUCUUUCAGUCUGGUGUGGAUUUGGCAGCUCCGAUGAUGGAGGGCAGCGGUUGGCUGCCGCUCUGGCUUUCCAUUUCAGUCUGGGACGAGAGUUUUUGGCUGCCCCACAAUGUCAGCAGGGCACAGCUGGAAAAUUCGCAGGAUCCAGUGUACCCCCGGCUUAAGGAUUUGUAUUUUAUUCUCCCUUGGACCUGGGCGAUCUACGUAUUGCGGCUUCUGUUUGAAAGGUUUAUUGCAACACCAUUUGCUAAGUUCCUUGGAGUAGAUUGUAGACCAAUCCAGAAGGCUCAGCAAAAUGUUGUUCUUGAAAAAGUGUUCAAAGAUAUAACUACGGAACCUGGUAAAACUCAUCUGAAUCGUUUGGCAAAACAGCUGGAUUGGGACACAAAGAAAGUGAUACAAUGGUUCAAACUGCGGCGAUAUCAGGACAGACCAAGUCUGCUGACAAAGUUCUGCGAGAGCAUGUGGAAAUUCACCUUCUAUCUGUGGGCCUUUUCGUUCAGUUUUUAUUACCUGUCAAAGAGUCCAUGGCUUUGGAACACCAGAGAGUGCUGGUAUAAUUAUCCUUUUCAUGAACUUUCAUUUCAAAUUUACGUACACUACAUGAUGGAAUUUGCUUUCUAUGGAUCACUGAUAUUUUCACAGUUUUUUGAUGUUAAACGAAAGGAUUUUGUUGUCAUGUGUAUCCAUCAUCAUGUCACUAUUCUGCUACUUACAAUUGCGUAUGUUGCCAACAUGACACGGGCAGGAGCCAUUGUUCUUCUGUUGCAUGACGCAGCUGACAUUGUUUUAGAGCUGGCUAAAAUGGCAAACUAUGCUAAAUGGCAAACACUUUGUAACAUUUUCUUCUUGAUGUUUGCUGUGGUCUUCAUUGUAACCCGUCUGGUAAUAUACCCCCUCAUGAGCAUCAGAUCUGUGUUUUAUGAAAGCUGGGAGAUCAUAGGACCUUUCAAAAUCUGGGGCUUUAUUAAUCUUCUUCUUAUCACGCUGCUGAUUAUGCACAUCUACUGGUCCCAUCUAAUCAUUCGUAUGGUGUUUAAAGCAUUUCAUAAAGGAAAGGUGUCUAAAGAUGAUCGAAGUGAUGUGGACAGCAGCUCAGAUGAUGAGGAUCAAUCUGAACAAAAUGCUCAUGCGAAAACAUCAUAAUAGACUUUAAAAUGACUGACCAAGAAAUUCUACAGUUUCUCAGGAUGCAAGUCCAAGCUGCAAAAGAAACAGGAAGCAUUUUAUUUAAAAAAAAAACUUCUCUGCUGUGCAAAAUGUGCAUUUGUGACAUAAUUGGCUAGAAAUGAUUUAUUGUGGACUGUUUACAUAAAUCUAUCAAAAUUAUAAUUAUUAUAUUUGCUAGUUCAGAGUAUUAUACUGUUCACUGUUAAGACCGAAAUGAUGAAAAGGCGAGGAUAUUUUAGCAUGAGUGAACACUUCUGACUUCAUUUCUAAAAAUAAACUCAUAAGCAUGCUAUUUUUAAAUAACACAA